AUGAUAAAAACUAUUUUCCUAAUCAUCCUCACAGUCUUGACCGUGCUCCUCAUCUCCGGGUGCUCCGUCGACCUCGUGCUCAACGUCCUGCUCACGUUCCUGGGGUACCUGCCAGGCCACCUGCACGCCUUCUACCUCGAAUACGUGUAUAUCAAGCGGCGGGAUGAGCGGCGGGCUGGGGUGUUGGAUGCGGGGCCUGUGCCGGGGGUGUUUAGUGGGAGGGUGUUGAGGGGGGGUGGGAAGAGGGGUGCAGUGGGGAGGGUUGGGGGGGUGCCGGCUGGGGGGAUGCAAGGGCCGGUAGGGCAAGGGCCGGCGGUGCAAGUUCCAGUAGGGCAAGGUCCGGUAGCCCAGGUUCCGGUAGGGCAGAGGGGGUAUGGGACUGUGAGAUAA